AUGCACAUUUCAAUUUGCAAAUGGAAGAAAAUAUCAGUCGAGUAUCUUUCGAAAGAGCAAAUACAUCCAGAUUUAACACAAGAAUUACCAGAGGAGCUAAAAAAGGUGAACAGCGAAUCUCUCAGUGUUUUAAAUUCAUACAUAGACAUCUUAAGUUCGUCUGAAAGAAGCGAAAGUAACAUAUUCUUGGAAAAGAAAAUUGUUUUUUUUAAAAUGUUUGAAAAUUCACAGCAUAAAAUAAUCAAGGGCAGGUACAAAAAUAUCGUCAUCAAAUUGCAAACCCUGCCAAAUAAUUUAUCAACUCAACAGAAGGAAGAAAUCACAGCAAAAUUGAUAUACGACAUUAGGCAAUCCUUGGAGAAAAUAAAAAAUGUAAACAUAUUGGACGAGUGCGAUAAGGAAAGCAUCGAACAUUUGGAUGAGGACUUAUUCAUUUCGAACAAAGGGGGGAAAAAACAAAAUGGAGGUAUCAACUCCAUAUGGGAUGAUUUAACCGAGUAUGUAAAAAACACACAGGCGUUGUUUCAACCAUCGGAACAGCAAACCCUGUUAAUACAAAAACGAAGAAGCUACUUUCAUUACAUAAAAAAAAAAUUAGAAGAAAAAUAUCAAAAAAUUAAUCACAAAAAGAGGAGGGAAAGAAAGUUGCUAAAACUGAAAGAAAUUGCAAAUAAAAUAGCACUCGAAAAAUUCCCAGACAUGGAAAAUAAAAAAAUAAAUACGACAGUGACAUCCUCCAUAGCAGUUAUAAAAUUGUUCAAAAUGGAUUUGAUCCAAAUUUAAAUGCACUUGCAGGAUGAUGCCGAUAAGUGGUUGCUAGAAAACUGCCUCAAACUUUUAAAAAAUCAUCAAACACAAAUUCCGCUGGUUGUCUGCCUGGACAAAACCAUCUCCUUGUGCCCUACCUUUGGUUUUAUUUACAUCCCAGUCGACUUUUGCGUGAGGGACUUUUUUAGUUUCCUGGAGGGCAAUCUUCACCGGGCCAGAAGCAUCAGGCGGAAGGUUUUAGCAAGCUUCGAUAUGUGA